CUCCGGGUCAACGUUCAUCUAAACGGAAGCUGCUGGCUGCUGUACCCGGAAAAGACGUUGCAUUCCGGUUAUAUUUACACUACAGGCGUUUUAGGCUGGGAAACCGGCAUCUGUUAUGGUCGGUACAUUUGGAGAAAAGUUAAGCCUCGGUGCCGUUAUGCUCGCUGUGAAAGGUGAUAGGUGUCCCCGGUGUUUAUGCUGAAACCCGAGUGGACUCAAUCCCAUGUUGCGGAAGUGAAGCGUGUCUUUCCCGGAAUGUCUGCUAUGAAUUUGCACAGGUUACCUACGUGGAUGUGCAGGCUGGCCGCUGACACGGUGCGGAGCUGUAAGGUUUGAUGAGGAGUCGGUCGGUAACUUACUCGCUAGCCCCGUGUCCUGAUCGCAGCGUGAGCAGCUCGCCAUGAGUGCCAAAUUCGGCUUCAUUAAUUACAACAACGCCAGGAAGCACAUCUCCAUAUCGGUGCCGUCGGCCACGGAGGUCAUGUCGCCCCAUAUCAAGUCGGUGGAGGACCUGCGCGUGCUGGGCAUCAACCUGAGCAGCUUCGGUACCUUUGCCCAGUUCUUCAUCUGCGUCACUGGUGUCUUCGUCUUCUACCUGAUUUACGGGUACUUGCAGGAGCUCAUCUUCUCCAUGGAGGGUUUCAAACCCUUUGGCUGGUACCUGACCCUGGUACAGUUUGGCUUCUAUUCACUCUUUGGACUGGUGGAGCUGCAGCUCACCCAGGAUAAAAGGCGGAGAAUCCCAGGGAAAACAUACAUGAUUAUUGCCUUCUUAACUGUGGGCACCAUGGGCUUGUCCAAUACUUCUCUGGGAUAUUUGAACUAUCCCACUCAAGUUAUCUUCAAGUGCUGCAAACUCGUCCCGGUGAUGGUAGGCGGAGUUUUUAUCCAAGGGAAGCGCUACAACGUGGCCGACGUGUCCGCUGCCAUCUGCAUGAGCCUGGGGUUGGUGUGGUUCACGUUGGCUGACAGCAAAAUCGCGCCCAACUUCGACCUCACAGGGGUGAUCCUCAUCUCACUGGCGCUCUGUGCUGACGCCGCCAUUGGGAACGUGCAGGAAAAGGCCAUGAAGCUCCACAAUGGCUCCAACUCGGAGAUGGUCCUGUACUCCUACUCCAUCGGCUUCGUCUACAUAUUCGUGGGCCUCAUCUCUGUCGGGGGUCUAGGACCAGCAGUGGCCUUCUGUUCCCAGCACCCGCUGAAGACCUACGGUUACGCCUUCCUCUUCUCGCUCACUGGGUACUUCGGCAUCUCCUUCGUCCUGGCCUUGAUCAAGCUCUUUGGUGCCCUGGUUGCAGUCACAGUGACAACAGGCAGGAAGGCGAUGACAAUUGUCCUGUCCUUUAUGUUCUUCGCAAAGCCAUUUACCUUCCAGUACGUGUGGGGUGGCCUCCUCGUCGUCUUUGGCAUAUUCCUGAAUGUUUAUAGCAAGAACAGGGACAAGAUGAAGCUUCCGUCUCUGGCAGACAUCAGGAAGCUGGUGUUAUCGAGGAAACGGGGGAGGCUGCUAUCGCAGAAUGUGUAGACUGCGGACCUGACAGACAUGUCACGAUCCAAUCAGGACCUGCGAGGGGCGGGACUCUGAGGCCAGGCCUGAUGGCACCCCGGUGAAGUGAGGAGGUCCUGCUCUAAGUUUGUGGGGAGCUGGUCACCUCCUGGUGUGCUGGUCACCUCCUGGUGUGCUGGCCAUAGUACGGCACACUUCAGGUUUCGAAGAAUGGGACCGUAGCUGGUGGGAGUGCAGGGGCAUUUGCUGUCUGUGCUGCUACCCUGGUGUGGGUAUGGGGGUAAUCGAUGUAUGUGCUGCCGCUCUGGCACGGUUAAGGGGGUAAUCACUGUCAGUACUGGCGUGGGUCUGGGGCUCAUCUCUGUCUGUGUUGCCACACUGGCACAGGUAUGGGGGUAUUUGCUGUCUCUACUAAUUGUGUCCAUGAUGAAUAUAUGAAAAAGUGCACGUUUGACACGUGCCGGUAAACUAUCCUCACGCCUCUGCCUUCCUCCACUGUAUACUGAACCUUGAACUAUGUUUGUCGUACAAAGAAAAUUAACUGAAUGUC